AUGGCGCAGCCGUCGGCGGCGGCGAGGAAGCCCUCGGCAGCGCCAACCGUCGUCCUGACACUUGUCCUGGCCCUCGCCUCCGCGAGCCUCCUCUUCCUCCUAGUCCACCUGUCCCCUUCGUCGCCAUCCGCGCACCCGCACCCCCACCGCCGCCUCCGCCUGCGUGGUGCCCACCUCAGGCACGGAGGCGCCACCCCGCACCAGAUCCCGUUCGACCCCGUCAUCGCCGACCUCGAGCGCCGCCUGGACGACCGCGAGUGGGAGCGCCUGGCUGCCGCGGGGCUGCACGCGCCGGGCAUGGAGUCUGCCCCCGUCCCAGAGGACCUCGCAGACUAUGAGGACGAGUACAUCAAUGACGCCGCGCGGUUCAACAUGACGCUGCGCGUGGCGGCGCUCUUCCCCAAGAUCGACGUGGACCCCGCCGACGACGCCGUGACGGGCGCCGAGCUGGCCGCGUGGAAUCUCGCGUCCGCGCGGCGGGAGGUGCUGCACCGCACCGCCCGGGAGCUCGACCUGCACGACCGCGACCACGACGGCCGCGUCGCCUUCUCCGAGUACGAGAGGCCCAGCUGGGCUUGGCGGUUCGACGAUAAUAACUCAACCAGUGAUGGGAUGGGAUGGUGGAAGGAGGGGCACUUCAAUGCUGCGGAUAUGGACGGUGACGGCUUUCUAAAUCUGACGGAGUUUAACAACUUCUUACAUCCAGCUGAUACUACCAACCCAAAGCUAAUACAUUGGUUGUGCAAAGAAGAAGUCAGGGAAAGAGACAAAGAUAAUGACGGGAAGCUCAAUUUCCAAGAGUUUUAUAAUGGAUUGUUUUAUUCAGUUCGACAUUACGAUGAUGAAACUUCAACAGAUGACUCCAAUGGCUCUGAUGCACCGGCUAGAAAAUCGUUUUCACAGCUUGAUCUGGAUAAUGAUGGGCUUUUGUCAGCAGACGAGCUAAAACCUAUCAUCGGAAAACUCCAUCCAGCAGAAAACUUCUAUGCCAAGCAACAAGCUGACUAUGUGAUAUCACAGGCUGACACAAACAAAGAUGGACAGCUGAGUUUGAAUGAGAUGAUUGAGAACCCCUAUGUAUUUUACAGUGCUUUAUUCACAGAAGAUGAUUAUGGGUCUCAUGACGAGCUCCGGUAG